AUUCGCUUUCGUGUUUGUGUUUUCGUUUUCAUGUUUUACCAAUUUCUUUUAUUUAUUUAGUUAUUCUAGCUAUAAUUCUGUGUUUAUCUUAUUCUGUCUUUGUGUAACAAACCCCCUAGACAAUGUUAGUUAUUGAAAAUCUUGUCUAAUGUUGAAAAACAGCUGCAUUCCAGUUGGAUUCUGAUAUGAAAUGGAACUCACUAAAGAAAUAAGCCAAGACACUUUGGAUCGCCUAACUCACUGUAAUAUGGUAGAGGCCUGUCGGAUAUGCAUGGCCAGAGGAGCACAGCUCAGUAACAUUUUCAGUAAAGCCUUAAAAACUAGCAUAAAAGACAUGAUCCAAUUCUGUACUGGUUUGCAGUUGGACAUCAAUGAUGGUUUGCCAUCUCAAAUCUGUGACAAUUGCCUCAGUGACUUGAACAUAGCCCACAGAUUCAAAUCAGUAUGUUUAACCUCCGAUGAAACCUUCAGGAAGCUUUUACUAGAAACUAAAGUGAAAGUAGAGCCUACUACUGAAGACGACAUAACUUUUGAAUCUUCAUUUGAUGGAGAUUUCGAGGAUAAUAAAGACUCCACAAGUGAGACCAAAGCGGAGAUAAAAGAUGAAAUUUUAGAAGCAGUACUUUCACAUAAUGCUGUUAAAACUAAAAGGAAAAAGAAAAAAGUUGAAUGUUUAAAAACAGAACUGGAAUCAGAUACAGAACCAACCAAGAAGGGUAAAGAAGAAGGGUAUCAGAAAUUCAAAAAGAAAAGUGAAGGAAAUGAGGCAAAGCUAAAGUCCACGAAGUACCGGCGUCUGUUCUGCGAGCCGUGCCAGCUGCAGUUCAGCACCAAGCAGCAGUCAGACCUGCACAAGAAGCAGGUGCAUGUCGGGGACAACUGGAUCUGUGAGAUAUGCGGCAAAGUAUUCGCGCACCGCGCCUCCCACUACAGCCACAUUCGCUCGCACCUGCCCCCGCGCUUCGCCUGCGCUCACUGCCUGUACGUCACGUGGAACAAGCACGACCUAGUGAAACACGUCGCCAUACACACCGGUGACUACGUCACGUGGAACAAGCACGACCUGGUGAAGCACGUCGCCAUACACACCGGUAUAAAGCAGUACCAAUGCGAGUUCUGCACAAACUCUUACUUCACAUCCUCAAACCUGACGAGCCACAUCCGUCGCAGCCACCACUCACUGAAGAACCACCGCUGCCACAUCUGUGGACACAGGUUCUUCGAGAACGCAAAGCUUCAACGGCAUCUGGACUCACACAAUGACAUUAAAAGAUACGCCUGCGACGUAUGCCACUCGUUGUUCUCCCGUCGCUAUUACUGGAAGAAGCAUCUACAGAAGCAACACGGCAUAGAGGUGCCGAAACCAAGGCCGGGUCGGAAGAAAACCAACUAUGUCAUCGGACAAGAAUUGUUAGCGGAAAAGAUUGAUAUCGCAACUCAUAGUAAUGAAAUGGCUACAGAAAAUGUAGCGUAAUGUAACGUAACUGUUUUGGAUGUAUCAUACAUUUAUUGUUGGUUUUUAUUAUUAGGUCUAUAUAGGGUAUUUUAAAAACGUUACAUUUGUGGAUUCAUAAAACUUAUAUUGGUAUAAUUCAUGCAGAUACUUUCUCAAACGAGAAAUAAGGGUGAACAAUCAAACCUUUACGAAAUGGUCCUAUCACCAUCUGACUCUAGAAACAGAAACAGCUCAGAGAAGAAGAAAUGACAAGAGCAGCCAGAGAAAUGGUCAGGAUGAAGCGAGUCAUCAUAGACAGAGCUCUGAUCCUUUACGAGGCGAAGGAGGCAUGGACCAGGGACCCAUAAGGCCGUAGAAUCCAAAAGCUGGUUAAACUUCGAAAUGGAUGGCCUCAUGAAUAGAACGAGUACAGCCGCAACUGGAUCGCCAGGUGUCGAAUAAAGGAUUACUUUGUCGAUACUAUUUCAUUGCCCAAAUAGUAUCGAUGAUCUAUUUAUUAUAGAGCCCCUUAUUAUAAAAUUAAGACUUAAAAUAGUUCUGGUUUAGAACCGCCUUUAGACGGAUAUAAAUACAUAAUUAUCUGAACUAAAAUCGGUUCUUUCCCGCUACUAUGCUGGUAUACGUUUUAUAAAAAGGGUUUAUAUGGUUAAACUAUUUAUAGAAGAUAUAAUAUAAUUUUAUUAAAGUAAGAUUAUAGCUAUUCAUAUUUAGAAUAUAUAAUUAAGAUUGUUUACUGUGAUUUAUGUGAAAUUAAGGCAAUAUCUUGUUAUGUUUAGUUUUAAUGGCCACUUUUAUGUAGGAAAUAUUAUUAAAAUUUUAUUAAUU